UUGACUAUUUCACCGCCGGCUUUUCUUUUAAUGAUCAUUCGUAGCUGGGGCUCCGAGAUGGUUGCUGCUCCAAGUAUCCGGCCUAAGAACGCGGGAUUAAUUCCAGGAACUUCCCUGGGAGGGUACUUGAGAGCCGGUGGUCACCAGACAGAGCGAUGAAAGCCAGGUCACCUUGCUGAAAAGUCUCUCCACUGCCCAGUCCGGGUAUGGUCUCGGGCGGACCUGCUUCUUCCGGCUCCAGAUGGGGAUGGAAUCCACGGAAGCCAAGCUCCUGCUCGUGUCUCCAGACUCCCUGGUCCAGAACUCUCUGAUUGCCCUGUCUACCCUUUGCACUUGCUGGACUUGAGAUCCGACCCCACACCCGCCUAUUGCCUUGGGAGUGCCCAGCUCCCCCCAGCCAGCACGAUGCCCAUUCUCAAACAGCUGGUGUCCAGUUCUGUGAACUCAAAGCGCCGCUCACGCGCGGACCUCACAGCCGAGAUGAUCAGUGCCCCGCUGGGUGACUUCCGCCACACCAUGCACGUGGGCCGGGCUGGGGAUGCCUUUGGGGACACCUCCUUCCUCACUAGCAAGGCCGGUGAGGCUGAUGUUGAGUCCCUGGACGAGCAAGCCUCAUCUUCCAAACUCAGCCUCCUGUCCCGGAAGUUCCGGGGCAGUAAACGUUCACAGUCUGUGACCAGAGGGGACCGGGAGCAGAGAGACAUGCUGGGCUCCCUGCGGGACUCAGCACUGUUUGUCAAGAAUGCCAUGUCCCUGCCUCAGCUCAAUGAGAAGGAAGCCGCCGAGAAGGACUCCAGCAAGCUACCCAAGAGCCUGUCGUCCAGUCCUGUGAAGAAGGCAGAUGCUAGGGAUGGUGGCCCGAAGAGUCCCCGUCGGAACGGGGCCACGGGGCCCUACUCACCUGACCCACUCCUUGAUGAGCAGGCCUUUGGGGACCUGAUGGAUCUACCCAUCAUGCCCAAAGUCAGCUAUGGGCUGAAGCAUGCGGAGUCAAUCCUGUCCUUCCACAUCGACCUGGGGCCCUCCAUGCUGGGAGACGUCCUCAGCAUCAUGGACAAGGACCAGUGGGGCUCGGAGGAGGAGGAAGGUGUCAGUUACCGUGACAAAGAAGGCCCCAGUGGCGUUGUCCAGGCACCCCCUAUGCUGGAGAUAGCUCCUCCUCUAGGGAGACAGGAAAGAAAGGCUAGCUGGGACCCAGCCUCCAUGCUGCCCCCCCACUCUGUAGAGGAUGACGGAUGGGCGGUGGUAGCCCCCAGCCCCAGCUCAGCACGCAGCGUGGGCAGCCACACCACGAGGGACAGCAGCUCCCUGUCCAGCUACACCUCAGGCGUCCUUGAGGAGCGCAGCCCAGCUUUCAGAGGCCCAGACAGGGCAGCGGCUGCUCCCCUGAGGCAGCCAGACAAGGAAUUCUCCUUCAUGGAUGAGGAGGAGGAAGACGAGAUCCGAGUUUGAGGCUAGACAGAAAGUUGAAAGUAGCUUUCACAGCUCAGGGCUGCAUCUUUUCCCUGCUGCUGCCUUUACUAUGACCUUUGACUUCCUCUGUAGGUGCAGCUAAGGGCGUCUUUGGAGUAGACCCUGGACCUUGGGGACUGAGGUGCCAGGGAAGUAGCGUGGGUACUGGCGCCUGGCAGCCUGACUCUGACCUAUCCAUCCUUACCACACCAGCCUGGGACAGAUCCAGGUCCCAGCAGGAAUCCAUUCUCUUCCGGGCCCUUUGCUUCCAGCCUGGCCUCAGAUGGAUGCCAGAUGUUAGAGUUGCUGCCCCAAUGGCAGGACUGCCAGGUGUGGCCUUCUCUCCAAGGUCAUAAACACUAGGUUCCCUUUGGUUCACCUUGUGUCCGGUGCCUACCGGGGAGGGAUGUGCAGCAGGAAGCAGGGGUGCUCACAUGUUCAGCCUCCUCCUCUUUCUACCCCUGGCUCCUCACUGGAAGCCUGGUGCUCUUUGGGGUUCAUCUGGAGCCAGGGGACAUCCUCAACUAUUACACUAAAUGCAGCCUUUCCCAAAGGCCAGGACAAGAUGGGGCAGAAAGGAACCUUCCCCCAGCUCCCAGCUUCUUGGGUCCUCAAGAUGGACCCCUUCCUCAGUGACACUAGGAACAGGAAAGGGGCCCACCUCUGCCCAUGGGUGUUUGUUCCUUGUUACUAUGUUUAAACUGUCAAAUUCCCCUACAAGGAGAAGAGCGACUGUCUUGGUGGCAGAGCGACUGUUCUCUGACCUGAGUCUGGUACAGACCCUGCCUAGGUUGGACUGUGGUGGGCAGCAGUGUUUGUCCCUGAACCCCCACCUCCAUGGCUGUUACUGGCUGAAGGAGGACUGUGUAGGAAAGUUCUGGAAUAUGAUGUUUAAAUGAUACAUUCUUCCCCGGGACUGUGAGCUGUGCUGGCUCCUUAGUGCCCCCUCCUUGGGCUGUGGGCCAGGCUUAGCAAAAACACGAAACAAAACAGGACCGGAUUUGAUUUGAAUUACAAGGAAAUGAAAGUGGGUUUUUGUUUGUUUUUUGGCUUUUUUGAGAUACAGUCUCACUCUGUAGCCCAAGGUGGCCUCAAGCUCGUAGCAAGCCUCCCUUUCCCUAGGACCCGGGGUUCCAAGUGUGUACCGCCACUCCUGGCUGGCUGUUUUUCUGAAAUCUGUUUUGCUCAGUUCUGUCACUCUACCCAGAACAUGAGUAGAGGCAGGGGCCCUGAGCCCCUGGGUGGUAGCUCAUUACUUUUCUGUGCUGGGAGCAGGCUAACCCACUCCCUGGUCUAACAUAGUCAGUGGGAAUCUGGGGAGAGAGAGCAAGCUAAAUUCCAACCGGAGUCUGGCCAGAUGGUGACCAGCCAUGGGCUGCUCUGUUCCAGGGGCGCCCCGCCUAGAUUCUGACUCUGAAAUGCUCACUGGGCUCCUACAUAGGUAGGCAUGGACAGAGCUACAGAGCUGUGCCUCUGACCAGCAGCACACACACACAAACACACACACCCCUCUCCUAAAUCUACCUGGUUGGUUCUAGACUCUAAACUUUGUAUUUUUUUUCCAUGACAUUGAUAAAGCAGUAAGAAAAGAUUAAAAUUUCCUCCUAGCA